CGUCAUCGGGCGCCGCCGCUCAAGGGCCCGCGUGGAGGGAUGGACGGGGAGUGCGGGGCGGCCCCGGCACCGGGCCCCGGGGAACCCGCCGCGGCGGCACCGGCACGGGCACCGGCACGGGCACGGCGGCGUCGGAAAGCCGCCAAGGAGCGGAAGGAAGCGGCCGCAGCCAUCCCGCGGGGCAGGCCCAAGUCGGGCCGCGUGUGGAAGGACCCCGGCAAGAAGCGGUUCUCCCACAUGAUCCAGGACAAGGCCCUUCGCAGCUCCUGGGCUCGGAAGCUGAAGGAACGGCAGGAGAGGCGGCUGGUGCAGGAUCUGGCCCGGCAGCUGCAGGAGGGGAAGCAGAGAGAGAAAGAGGAGAAGAAGCGGCGGCGGGAGGAGAACAUGAAGCGGCGCCUGGAGAACGAGCGCAGGGCUGAGAUUGUCCAAGUGAUUCGGAACCCUCUGAAGCUGAAGAGAGCAAAGAAGAAGCAGCUGAGGAGGGUAGAGAAGAGGGACACCCUGGCUCUGCUCCAGAAGGCACCUGUGGCACGCAAAGCAGCCAAGGAGUGAGGCAGGAGAUGGGCACCAGCACGGGCAGAAGGGCCCUGAUGCACAUCCUGCUCCUCUCCAGGGGCUUUUCCUCACCUCACACACAGAAGGACAGAGCUGGAACUGGCUCGUGGAUCCUCCCCCUCCUUGUGCUCUGUGGGCUUGCUGAAGGGGCUGGAACUGCUUCACCUGCCCAAAUCUGCCUGUUCUUGAUAAACACAGAGAGAGGAACUGA